UCACUCUUUAUUCCCAUCACAACGCACUCAAAUUGAGCGCUCGCUGUUGGCGAAGAUGAGGCCAUCUGAUCAUGCAUCUUUAUUUGCUGCUGAUUCAAAGAGUAAAAAAUCGUAUCUUUGCUUUAUCUUCCCGGCAGCUGGUUUACUCUGUGUUGUUACGUUCGUUACAAGUUCAUUUUUUGCAGAAGGCUACAGAGAGAAAGUAAUAAGAUGGAGAACGCACGGUGCUCUUCAAAAUUUGGAAUCUGACAAAUGCAAGAAUCAGUGCAGACCCAGAGGGAGUGAGGCAUUACCUCAAGGUAUAGUCUCCAAUACUUCUGAUCUCAAAAUGCGACGCAUAUGGGAUCCUCCAGGAAGAAGUCACGUCAAAAUAGAUAUUAAGGCAAAUGUGUCAACCAAUUUGUUUGCGGUGACAGCUGGGCUAAAGCAGAAAGAUCUUGUGAGCAAAAUGGUUCAAAAGUUUCUAGCAAGUGAUUUCGUUGUGAUGCUCUUCCAUUACGAUGGUAUUGUGGACAAGUGGAAGGAUUUUGAAUGGAGUGAUCAAGUGGUUCAUGUGUCUGCCAUUAAUCAAAGUAAAUGGUGGUUUGCCAAGCGUUUCUUACACCCUGACAUAGUUGCAGAUUAUGGAUAUAUUUUCCUUUGGGAUGAGGACCUCGGAGUUGAAAAUUUCCACCCUGAUAAGUAUGUAUCUAUCAUCAAAAGAGAAGGUCUGGAGGUUUCACAACCUGCACUUGAUCCUAAAGAAUCAGAAGUGCAUCAUCAGAUUACUGUACGUAGGAGGUCAGAAGUGCACAGAAGGACAUACAAGGCUGCUGGUAGUGGUGAAGGGUGUGAUGAUAACAGUACAGCCCCUCCUUGCACCGGGUGGAUAGAGAUGAUGGCUCCUGUUUUUUCUAGAGCCGCCUGGCGGUGCGUUUGGUACAUGAUCCAGAGUGACUUGGUCCAUGCAUGGGGACUAGAUAUCCAGCUUGGUUAUUGCGCGCAGGGAGACCGAACAAAAAAUGUUGGCGUUGUGGAUGCCGAAUACAUAGUCCACUAUAAUCGCCCCACUCUUGGAGGUUCAUUAGAGGAGAAUACAGAGGUCUCAUCUCAGGCUAUGGAUCACAGAGUCGGCGUGAGGAGACGGUCGUUUCGGGAAUUACGUGAAUUUAGAAAACGAUGGAGAGCGGCUGUGGAGCGGGAUGAAUGUUGGAACGAUCCAUAUAAAUAAUAAUAAAUAGCCAAUGCAACAUGACUUCAGGAGCAGAACCAAGCUAAGCUUGCGCCGUAUGUACAUCUCAAGAGGAGAAAACGAUAAGCACGAAGAUCCCAAUCUGGAGGUGCACCCUUUUAUCUUCUGUCGUUUCCGACAUAAAUUUUAUGUCUAGUAGCCUAGUACUUUUGCG